AUGCGUUGCGCGAACAAGGCCGCUGAGAGCGCGCCUGCACGUCUCUGUGCAGACGCCGAAGCAGAAACCGCUGCAACAGAUGUGUCAUCGGCUGCUAAAGCGCCUCAGCCUGUAUCACCUGGUGAUGCAGGCGCUCGUCAUGAAGACACUCAUGUCUUCACAGAGUAUGAGCUCGGUGUCUCAUACUCUCUUGAUACGAAAGUCGGAUCCGUGUCGACGGCGAUCGAAACCAAGCCGCCUGCCGAGCGUGGUAUGGAUGAUGCUAUGCGACGCAGCAUCUUUGGUUCAUCUGACGAAUCAGAUGAACCAUCGCCAAAGCGAAGGCGCUCGAGGUCGCGAGACUCGGGCGCCCACAGUGGUGUCGGUUCUCCUAUUGACACCACUUCGCAACGAGGUGCCAGUACUUCUGUCGGCAUGUCGCACGAAGAGCGGUACCGCAACGUGUUGCGUCUCGCUUCUGAAAAGAAGGCAUGGAUGCCUCCAAAAUCCGUCAUGGAUCACUUGUCGGCGACGACGAGUGAUCGAACACGAUUGCUCGAUUCGUCAAGGAUCCAUCACCUUGACCCCAGUGCGAAAAACUGUCGCGCUGAGAAUGACUUCUUCAUCGAUGCUUUCUUUAAACAGCGAUGGUACAGUGGUAAUCACAAACGUGAUGGUCCCUCACUGCUUCAAGCGUGGAACGCUUACAUCCAUAACCUUGAGGAUGUAGGUCGUGACGUUUGA